UCGGACUCCUGGGCCCCGCGGUACGCAGCCAUGGCGUACUCCACUGUGCAGAGAGUAGCGCUGGCCUCGGGGCUCGUCCUUGCCGUGUCGCUGCUGUUGCCCAAGGCCUUCUUGUCCCGCGGGAAGCGACCGGAGCCGCCGCCGGUCCCGGAAGGAAAAUUGGGCCGAUUUCCACCUAUGAUGCAUCACCACUCGGCACCCUCAGAUGGUCAGACACCAGGGGCUCGUUUCCAGAGGUCUCACCUUGCAGAGGCCUUUGCAAAGGCCAAGGGAGCAGGUGGAGGUGCUGGAGGAGGGGGUAGUGGAAGAGGACUGAUGGGCCAGAUCAUUCCAAUCUAUGGCUUUGGGAUCUUUUUGUACAUCCUGUACAUUUUGUUUAAGCUUUCAAAGGGGAAAACUGCAGAGGAUCGGAACUGCUCCACUGCCCCACCUGGAAACACCCACAGGAAGAUUACCAACUUUGAGCUUGUUCAACUACAAGAAAAACUAAAAGAGACAGAGGAAGCCAUGGAAAAAUUAAUCAACAGAGUUGGACCUAAUGGUGAGAGCAGAGCACAGACUGUGACUUCUGACCAAGAGAAACGAUUACUGCAUCAGCUCCGAGAAAUCACCAGGGUCAUGAAAGAAGGCAAGUUCAUCGACACAUCUCCAGAGAAGGAAGCUGAGGAAGCCCCGUAUAUGGAGGACUGGGAAGGUUACCCAGAAGAGACUUAUCCAAUAUAUGACCUUUCGGAUGGUAUCAAGCGUAGGCAAGAAACAAUCCUGGUGGAUUACCCUGACCUAAAAGAGCCCUCUGCUGAAGAAAUUGCUGAACAAAUGGGAGAGGUAGAAGAGGAAGGAUCAGAGCGUUUGAGCUGGGAUCAUUUGCCCACUGACCCUGGAGCCCAGAAAGAUCAUUCUGUUGCCCUGUGUGAUCCCAAACCAGAAUCAUGCUCCUGCUGUGUUCAUGAAGAGGAGGAUCCUGCUGUCUUGGCAGAGAAUGCUGGUUUCAGUGCAGAUGGCUACAGUGAGCAAGAGGAAGCCACCAAGGAAAACUUGCCCCAGGACUUUACAAAUGAAGGGCUGGGGGUCAGCACUGAUAAUACACACUUGGGUGGCAUGUUGAGGAAGCGCAAUCCCCAGGGGUUUGAGUGAAAGCAGCCUGCUUGGGAAAGUAUCCAUACUCUGUUCCCGUGGCACCUUUCCUCAAUUUCAUCCAUGGCCUUGUGCCCUCUGCAUCCUUCUCCGUGUUCAAUACCAUAGCUCUUGGGCCACUACCGUGGAAACAGUUAAUCCUUCCUGGUGCUUGCACACCUGUCACUUUGUAAAGUAGCCAGUAGUGUGGACACAGGACAGAAUCACCUUUCUCUUCUUGCCUUCCCCUAUCAGAGACACUAACCCAUUCAGUAAUUGGUGGUUUGUGCUUGUAGGUGGUACCACCUAGGCAAACGUCUAAACCCUUCUCAUAGGAGCAACAGAUGAUUUACCUGUGAAUGCUUUAUUGAAUAAUUUGUUAGGACAGGAUGGCUGUGAAUGAGAAUUGGGUUAGCUGAUAUUGAAGACUUAAGUUUUAAGAAUGAAGAUUUUAGAUUCCCAAAUGCCUUAUUCUUUGGGCCUUCAGCUGGUUAGUGAUUCCUGAGAAGAGCAUGCUCAGUUCUGAGCCUAGGAGCUCAGAGCACAGCAAGAUAGCUGAUUGAGCUGCAGUCUCUCCUCACAGCCUUCUAAGAUGCCCUGACUCCUCCAGAGCAUCAGGCCAAGAACUCACAGGCCUAUUUGGAGACCAUUUUGCUUGUAUAUUCCCUCGAUCCCUAGCUUCCUUUGUCUUUAUUCUGUUGAACGGAACUGCCAAAUCUAGAUGCAACUUGGAAUGUCUUCUAUGGCUAGAGGGAAUUUGAAGCAUUAAUUUGUGCCCCACAGAGCUGAAGUUUGAGGCUGUUGAAGAUACAGGACUGCUUAAGUAUGGUGGUCCUUCCAUGAGGAGCUCAGGUAGCCAGGAAACCCUAAGAAUUCUAACAAGGGUGUGUCAGUUCAGUUAUACGAAUUGAAAGCUGAAAGGCUGUGCAUCUCCAGUAACAUUCCAAGUCAUGAGAUGGGAGACUCGAAAUGUAAAGAAUUCUGUGAAGCUGGAUAGUCUUUAGAGUUCCAUUGUACCCAGCAUGUCUAUGAUGCCAGAAGGUAGUCUGGACCACUCAGGAGCAAACUGCACAGGUUGUCAUCAGGUCUGAGGCCACACCAAGAUACGGUCAGCUACUAGAAAGCUUUCCAUGUUAACUGGACUAGAGAAACACGCUGCACUGUAUCAAUCCCUGUGUAGAAUGUUUGAUUGAAAUUGUGCAGAAUGCAGUUGAACAUGUACUGAAGAUGGUCUUGACAUAACUAAGUGUAAAAAGCAAUGUAGGUACUCUUGUUUGAGCAGAUUGUUGUCUGGAUGGUUCUGUCAUCCACCAUGAGAAGUUGAUUUAAGAUAGCCCCAUAUACCUGGCUCUAAUUUUUGUUCAUAGGAUAUAAUUCUGUUACAAGAACUUUUCUUUGCAUUCAUUUGUUGGACAACUGCCCUGUGCCGAGUACUAAGACUGAAUUGUACCUUUAAGAAUUUCAGUUUAAUGUGCCAGUCUGACAGAUGUACUGUGGACCAUAGGAAGGCUUGAGAUUGUAAAUUCUUCAGACAGAUUUCCCUGCAAUUCAGGCUAUUAUUAUUAAGGCUAUUAUUAUUAUUAUUAUUAUUCAGGCUAUUAUUAAUAUUUUAUUAUUAUUGGCUCCUUACAAGUAUUCUAAGCCUGGUUUGGGUAUCUGUAGUGUGAGGGUAGUAAAAACACAGGUCUCACAGGGCUGUAAGCUGCAAAUGAGGUAGUCAGUGCACACAGGGCAGCAUGCUUAUGUCGUUAGCUCAUGCAUAACAACAUAUGUGGUAGCUGUUUUAUUUAUUACAGUGUGGACCCUAAACUAUAGGAGCACAGAAGAACAAGAAUGUUCUUGCCAAAGUACUAAAAAAAAUCUCAGAGAUACCUUGUGGCAAGCAAAGAACAUGGCAAAGAGGAGGAAGGACAUCUGGGCAGAAAAAGUAGGUUAUCAAGAACAGUGUGGUUGGUGUAUAGAUGGAUAAUCAGGUAAAAAGGUUUAGUGUCAACUCUGUUAUUAUUGGGGAUUAGCUAUGGAAACAGUUCCUGCCAAAAGGACCAAUCCUUCAUGGUUCUUGCCACUCUAGAUGUUAGUCUGCACAUAGGAAUAUAUUUGUUUGUAUAUACCAGAAACUUUGAAGCACCUAUUAGUAAUUUGGAAUAUAGGCAUUUUUUUUCCAGAAUUUUAUCUUUUGGAUAUGAUGAUUUUACACAUGUAUUUAAUCCAGGUUGACCAAAAUCAAGGGGCUUGGUUUCAUUGGUGUGAUCUUCAUUUCUCAGUAUUAAGGGCUUCAUCAAGGCCUUACCAUUAGGUCUCCAGUGACCUAUGGGGGACCAUAGAAAUAGCUGGCCUAAGAAGCCACUGCACAUCACCUAGAAGCGUGCUUGGUAAGUCAGGUUGGUGAUCAGCCAGAAGACCCCUUAACUUGGCUAUAUAGGAACAAAAGACUGUGCCUCAUUAUCUCAGGGUCUGGGAGGUAUGCUGAAGAGUAGAGAUGGAUUCAGCCUCUAGAAAUAAUGGCUUGUGAAAACUAUGUUCUUUGUAUUUAGACUUAGGUAAUAAAAUAAUUGAUGGUCUUCACUCAAAGACACUCUGGAAAGAGGAACCUAAUACUCAUGGCAUAAUUAAAUGUUCUCAUUGUAUGUCCAAGGUAACAAUGCAGGAGGAGCAUAUAGUUGAGGGCAGUCCUUCAGGGCAGCAGGAGCCAGAGGGCAGGCUCACAGGGAGCAGAGAUGAAUGAUAGAUAGCACUUGGCUUGUUUUAACCCCUUUUAUUCAGUCUGGGACCCCAGCCAAAGGGAUGAUGCUAUCCAUAAUAAGGAUGGAUCUUCCUCCUCAACUUUCUUGUAAACACCUGCAUAGACAAGUAUGUUUCCAUGGUGAUUCUAAGCCUUAAGUUGGCAAUCAAGAAUAAACAACAGAGGUAAUAGGUGUAAUACAAGAUUUUCCUCUGCAUGUGUUCUACGCAAUUGAGGAUUUUUCUUAAACUUCAUGACUAAACAAACAAAACCUAUUCCCUUUGUAGAGCACCCUGUAUAUGGUCUUCACAAAUGCGGUUGCUACAGGAACCAGGCCAUGUUUAGGUAGGGAAUGCUUUUGACCCACAUCAAAAACAUUUAGCUGAGUAGAUAAAUGAACCCUAACUAUAGACCUCCUCUUGAAUUCCCCUUUUUAUUUAGACAGUUUGUAUCUGCAAAGAACACUUCAUAUGUCACUUAUUGGGCAGUGAUCAGGAAGGAUGCAAACCAAUUAUUCUGUCAUCUCCUUAACCAUUAGCAUGUCUAGAACACUAAUGCAAACCAACUAUUAUGUCAUCUCCUUAACCAUUAGCAUGUCUAAAACACUUUCUAGUAUCAAAAAACAAAACAAACAAACAAACCAACCAGGCCAUUCCUUCUCUUCAAAGGGUACCACUUUACUUGAGGAUGGACCAGGAAUCGUGUCCACCUUACAGGACUGUUCAUGGAGGCUGCCCAGAGUGAAGUGUGCAAUGGCAGGUGCUUAUUAUUAUUAGCUUAUCACUGUCUUGAAUCUCAUGCUGCUAGACUACCCAACUUGAUACUCUAUGGCCACUCUGCAUGCCAAGAGUGGUCCAGAGUCACUCUGUGGGGUUUUUGUGACUUUGUGAUGACUCUCUUUUAAGAACUACAGGCUUUCAUCAUGUUGGCCUCAAAUCUACCACAGACUGAAAAAGGUUCCAACUAUAUAAGAGUCCUGUUAAAUAGACCCAGCUCCAAGCAAGGCCUGCAGUCCUGUGGGCCUUUCCCACCCUUGAGUACUACAGCCUAGUUCUGUCCACAAGGGCACACUGUCCACCAAGCUACGUAGCUAGUUCCUUAAGUGACUAGAUGACCUAAAGUAUCUUCUAACCCUAUUUUUUCCCAUGCUAUAGAUGUGAUAUCACAGAAGGCAGUGUUGAUCUGUAUGUCACUGGUUCUAAACAUGCUCUGGGCCCUUUGUUGCUCUUACACACCUGACCCUUUGAAGCGCCUAGAAAGGAGUGGAAUGGAGAACAUUUUAGGAGAGACAUCUUUUCUUUUCUCUAUGAAAGACAAGGACACAGAAGUCAAACAGUUCAAGUUU